AUGGCUUCCGAGCACCAAAUGCCAGCCUCCAAGCAGCAGCAAGCCAGCUCCAAGAUUGCCAUCUUCGAGCAGGAGAACUUCCAGGGCCGCUGCCAUGAGCUCAGCGGGGCCUGCCCCAACCUGAAGGAAGCCGGCGUGGACAAAGUGGGCUCCAUCCUGGUGCACUCCGGACCCUGGGUGGGCUACGAGCAGGCAAGCUGCAAAGGGGAGCAGUUUGUGUUUGAGAAGGGGGAGUACCCCCGCUGGGACUCCUGGACCAACAGCCGGAGAAGCGACAGCAUCACUUCCCUGAGACCCAUCAAAGUGGACAGCCAGGAGCACAAGAUCGUGCUGUACGAAAACCCCAGCUUCACCGGCAAGAAGAUCGAAAUCAUAGACGACGAUGUGCCCAGCUUCCACGCACACGGCUACCAGGAGAAGGUCUCCUCCGUGCGGGUGCAGAGCGGCACGUGGGUGGGAUACCAGUACCCCGGCUACCGGGGCUACCAGUACCUGUUUGAAAAGGGGGACUACAAGGACAGCUCAGACUUCGGCGCUCAGCACCCCCAGAUCCAGUCGGUCAGGCGCAUCCGGGACAUGCAGUGGCACCAGCGCGGUGCCUACCACCCCACCAACUAAAGCCCCCGGCCCGUGCCGGGGCGCGGGGAGCGGAGCAAG